AUGUCUUCGCCAAAGAGAAAUCGAAUUCUCCCUUGCCGCAAUCGCCAACAUAUCCUACGUCCUAUUCCUCAACUCCGAGCCCCAACACCCUCCUUCGUUCAUCCCCGUUCUCGUCCUGCGCCUACUCUUUCUGUAGUCUCACCUACUGUCACGAGUCUCAUUCAACCUUCCAAGCCGUUUCCUUUCCUCGACCUACCUGGUGAGAUCAGAAACAAGAUAUACGAUCUUGUUGUCCCACAGACACGAGUAGUCCUCUCAGGCAGUCAUCCUCAGAAAGAGCUUGAGCGACUCAAGUCGAAGAUCCCAACCAAGAAGCACAAGCGACCAAGGUAUCGAAUAGUCGGGGAGUUCACCGGAGAUGUGGCCCCAAUCUCUCUCCUCCUCACUUGUCGCCAAAUGAAUCAGGAAGCCGUUCAAUUCGUCUACGGGCGGACCACAUUCUGUUUCGACCGAAUUGUUGUGAUCAACAAGUUCCUGAGCAUUAUCCCUGGCCCAGCAGCCAAAAGCAUCGGAAGUAUCGAAAUGACUCACAAGGGAUACGCCGAACCACAAUGGAUGGAGGAUCGCGUGUGGAAGCUCCGGCAUGAUGAUAAAUGGAGCAUGACCUUGGAGCGCAUCAAGCAGAAGAUGACAGGCCUUGAGAGAUUGAGUCUCGAUUUGACCUUUUUCGAUUGGCCUUGUCGACUGGAGACCAAUGAGAGUUGGGCCAGUCCUCUCCUCAACCUCGCCGGAGACGGGCUUGACCGCGUGAACAUUAAGUUGAUGCACGAUCGGUUCCAUCCUAACAAGAUCGAAGGGAUAGCCAAGGAACUGGAGACCAAAAUGAUGUCUCCCGAAGGCAAGAAGAAGGUACUGCGGGAAGCACGACAGCAAGCAGCACUGGAGAAGAAACAAAAAGAAGAGGCGCGCAAGAAGGCAACCAAGGCACUGAGGAUCCGAAUCCCAUUGGGCGACAAGACCAAGGUUAGCAACUCACAGGUCAAGAAAGUGGUGAAGUCAAGAGGACUCGAGCAGUACGCCAGAAUUCAGCCUUCUGUGGCAUAUUGCUAG